GACUCCUAUGUCACUGUAGUGUGUACAGCCCGAAGACAGGUGAUGGAGGAGGCGGGAUCAGACUGUGGCGACAGUCUGUCUGUCAGAGGAGGGGAGGGUAGCACCCCCUGAACUUGGUGUUGGGCUGAUGCGGUACUACAAGUUGAAAUGUUUAAGUUGGCAGGGAGAUGAAAACUGUUACUUCUGUUCACAUUUGUGAAGGCACUGAGGUAGGUAGCCGCUGAAGAAACAAAAACGAAACAGCGGCAACCGGCAGGGACAUGGAAAAGAAAACCAACACCACUGAGGAUGACUGUGUGGAUUCGGGAGCCGAAACAGGGGGGUCAGACUACAGCCGUGUGUCCUCUACAAGUAGUGAAUAUUCAUUGGAGUCGGUGCAGGACCCUUUCCAUGUCAGCAUGCAUAUUAUUGCAGACCCUGGAAAAGCAGAUGUCCUUCAGAAUGCUAUUGAUAACUUGCUAGCAUGGAUUAACCCAGAUCUACAGCUUUUCCGUGUUUCAGAGGGACCAGCUUCCCAGAAGCAGAAACGACCUUGCAGUGGAGUUGUAAACCAGCCUUCCAUUGCUGUCAUUCUAUUUCUACAGGAAGAAUAUGGAAAAGAGCAGAUUCUAAAACUUCAUAAAACCUUUCAGAGGCCUCCUUGGCAAUAUCACCACACUGAGCGUGUUCAUGGUCGAAUCCUACCAUAUAUGCCUUGUAACCAGGAUUUCUUUACACUUGCCCAAGGAACCCCACUGUGGGCCAUAAGACAGGUGCAUUAUGGGAAAGAAAUAAUCAGAUUCACCAUAUAUUGUAGCUACAGAAAUUUUGCUGACAUGAUUAAACUGUACCAGCUAAUUUUGAAAGGGGAAGUGUCUCACAAGAAACUAGAUUUUUGUGUCUUCCAUAUUUUUUCUAAUAUUGAUGUAGAGAUUCAGUUGUCUCUGAAAAGACUUCCUAAAGGCCAGUAUCCUAGCCCUACAGAGUUUGCAGUGUUGGAAUUCAGAGUAAAAGGUAUUGGUCAUUUGGUUCCCCUUUUGCCAUAUUCAUGCAGCCCAAUCAGUGAGUAUAGAUGGCAGACAGAAGAUUAUGAUGGGAACAAGAUCUUGUUGCAGGUGCGCAGUACAAGUAUGAGUUCUGCUAGAAAGGGCACAUUGAUUCAGCAUAACGAAACUAGAAGUCCACCUUUCAGUCCUGUUACCUUCAUUCCUAAGAGUGACGUGUGUACAUCUGAGAAAAUCAUUCAUCAACAAAAGAUGUUUCUUACUUCUAGACUGCCACUGGUAAAUGGCCUUAACAGAUGCUGUGGUAUCUCUCAGCAGGAUUUAUCAAACAGUUGUCAUGAAAAUGUCAGCAGGAGAUCCAGUGGUACAUCUGAGGACUCGUGGUCCAUCCCACGUUGCAGUUCCCUUUUUUGCUUGCCAACUACAGGCUGUUCUCCACUUCCCAUGUCUCCAUUCAAUAAACCAUUCCAGCUCUCCUCUGAUAGAGUUUCCCCUGGAAGGAUCUUGCAACAAGAACAAAGAACAAGACUUGCAGUUGAACUUGAGGAUGCUGAGGAGACGGAUGUUGAUACAGGAAUGAGGGUUUCCUUCUCAGACUUAUCAGUGGUGUCAGCAUACUCUGCUCCUAGUGAGUGUUGCAGUGACAUGGAGAAUGCUCUUCCAGUUGAAAAUCAACAUAAAGUUAGCACAGACAAAGCCAUCCACAGAGUAAGACCUUUGUCAGCAAUGAGCAAUCCCCUUCCUUCCACUUCCACCUGUAACUAUACCUCACUUCGGUCCCUCAAUGAUCUAACUUCUGAUUCUUUUUUGUCAUCUCAGUUGCACCUUUGUGUAUUAUCACCAACACCUAAUUUCUCAAAAACCUCAACAGUCUUUCAUUCUAGUAGUCAGACUGCAGAAAUAGAUAACCCAGUGUCAAAUCAUGAGACUUCUGAGGAUCAAAGUGAUAAAAAUGCCGAAGAAUUCUACAUCUGAACAGUUGCAGUCAGAGGCUGCCAGUGGACUAAAAUUGCAGCAUUUUUAUAUAAUGUGACUAACAAAGGAGAUAAAACUAAACUAAUUUAUUAGGAAAUUAAAGAAAAUCACAUUUUGGGACUGAAUUUUCAAAUUUUGUAUGUGCAGUUCAGCUGCUUUUAUUUAUGUCUGACUUUCAGAGUUAAGACAAGAUCAUUUUGUAAAAUGUUUUAUCCAUGAAAGCAACAUGUCUUGGAGUUAAUUUUGCCCAAAGUUAUCCCGAAAAAGGAACUGCAUGUGCACCACUUUGAACCGUGAGUGUGCUGGUGUCAGCAUUUCGAAUAAGGUGUACUAAUUGACUAAAUCCAUCAUUUGUAAUAUAGAUAUGUUGUCAUGCAAACAAAUGGAUUGUAGUUAUUGCUCCCUUCAAACCCUAAACUGUUUAUAUCACUACUGUAUGAAAUAUAAAUAAUAAUAACAUAAAGCCUCAGGAAUAAACAUAAGCAUUAGCUUCCUUAUUGAUAUUGUUAUAUAAAACUGACAUAGCUGCUUUACUGCUGCAUUGAUGCCAAAUAAUGUAUUAUAUUAGUGACAUCAGCCAACGAUUUCAAAAUAUGUGCUGCAUUGCCAUGCUGUGUAUGUGGAGGACGUGUUUUGCCAAACACUGUUUGCCUGACUGACAGCAGCACGAUUCCUUUAGUAAGAUGCGGUGUGUACCUUCUCCACUGUUCAUGUUGGUAUGUAUAAGUUAGGUGGAUGGGGAGCCACAUGGUGGGGGUACUUGAUUUGUCUGUCAGAGAACAGACCUUUGAUGAAUAAUCAUGAAUCCUGUAUGUGUUACCGAGCAGGAUCUUAAAGGACUUAUACUUACACCUUUUUCAAACACAUUGCUGUAAAGUAAAAGUUUAAUACAGAAUUAAUGUUUCUGCUAGACCUAGGGUGAAGGCUCAUGAAGCAAAAGAAAAUAAAAUUCAGAACAUCCGAUCCAUUAGUCCUACUUAUAAUUAUUAUUAGCAGGCAGCUGUUGUGGUAGUUUGUCACAUAUUAAUAUCUACUUUUAUGAUGAUUACAACUGUAAUUUUUACAGAGCCUGGGUGAAAAAAAGCACAGUAAUGCAUGAAUUGAGGUUAAUCUGUUUUAUGCAUGCAUUACACAAGUGUAGGUUUCUAAACUACAUCUUUGUAACACAUAAAACAAAUGUUGCUGCUGUGUUGUUGUUGUUGUAUAGAUGUAUGGGGAGUACAGGAGAAUGUUAAGGAAUGAUGGGAAUUGCUACCUGGCAUAACACAUACAUAUCGGUGUCUCUUUUGUUACAAAUAAAACUUGUGGUUAAGCUGA